UAGUAUUCGGGGGACCAUGCUUAACUAAAGUGACAGUAUAAAUGUGUGGAAAGGUUCGAACCUAAGCUUAUUCCCUCCCUGAUUCGCCAUUAAUCGUAUCGGUUUAGUUGCACAGUGACUCGCCCGGCUGGUUUAUCUAGGUUGUGCUCUGGUUUAUGAGCGUUACGAAUGGCAUCUGGGGCGCAGAAUACUGGAAUGUUAUCAAGGGAGCAACUUUUCCAUCUUUUCGAUCGUUUCAGUUUCCUUACUUCUCAACCUGAUGUGAAGAAAAGGAUUGCUGGGGCUGUACAGGAUAAGCAGGAGGCUGUUGCUGUGACGACUGCAAUACAAGAAGAGAUAUUUUUGGAGAUGGGUGUUGAUCCAAGAUUUGGUAUCUCGUGCCUGGGAAAAGUCAGUACUGUAUAUGAGAAUGACAUGGAUUUGGUGAUUCAGUUUUAUAAAUUCCUUUCUAAAGAAGAGGUUGCCUGCGAUGAAGCAGAGCUUGGAGAAGAAGAAUUUGCAGAAAAAUUGCUCAACCAGAAGAUGUUACAGGAACAGCAACUAGAGAUGCUGAAGUACAUGCGCAAGUUUAACUUGGACGAUCAAUCUGCAAUCCUUGAGAAGUUACACCAGCAGAUGGAAAACGGCAAUUAUGAAAGCGAGACAUCCCUUUUGUCAGCUGAGCAGAUCGAAGAGAUUGUUCCAAGAAAGGUGUCCCCCCUGUAUACGCCAAGGUAGACCUAGAAGGGUAGCUUGCGUCACAUUUUGCUUGGGAGUUGGUCAAUUCACAGUUCUUGACAAAUUAUUUACUUUAUUUACCUUUUUCACGUUUUAUUACGUUACUGGAUUUUAUGUUCAUUUUAUUUCUAUAUUUGGACUGCUGUAAGGUGAUCAUUUUUAUGAUGUGGGAGGUGUUUGCAGCCUUUUCAUGGCUAGUUUUUCUGCCUCAGCAGUGAGAACAUAAUGACCAUGGUCCAAUUAUGCUUCCA